AUGACAGAAACUAAAAUGCCAGCUGGAAUUGCUCCCCAUAUUCGAGACAAGUCUCCAGAGUACAGUUCAGAGGGCUCAGUUGGUAAAGAAAUCAAACAUAGCAAUCGAAAAAGUAGUCCUGAUUCUAGUCCUGAAAGAGCUGCGUUCACCCCAAUAAAGCAAUUUCGCACCAGUCCAGAAGUUACUUCUGAUACUAUCCAAAUCACGAAUACUGCUGAAACGGAUAUGACUUCAGUGAACCACCAUACAGAAAAGUUUAUCACAGAGGAAGUUUUGAAUACGCGUAAAAACACGGCAACCAUUAACGUAGAUAUAACAGAAUCUAAGAAAAUUGCAGUAUCUGACAAUAAGGAUGUGCACCGAAAAAGACCAAGUUCACCUAAGAAAGAAUCACCGGAUAGAAAGUCACCAUCGCAGAAAGAGACUCAUCGACGUCCUACUUCACCACAAAAAGCUAGAACACCUUCACCAGGAAAACGAACUAGAGAAGAACCAACUACGGUAAGAAAAGAAUCAUUUUCAAAAACACCCUCUUCUCAGAGAACUAAAUCUCCAAUAAAAGAUGAAAAUUCCCGGCCUCAGUCGCCAACGAAAACCGCCAGAAAAUCUUCUUUUCCUCAGAGAUCACAGUCUCCUCAGAAAGAACAAGUUAGACCAGUUUCUCCAACAAAAACAGAAACAUUCUCAAGGAAGCCCUCUUUGCCUGCUAGAUCACCAUCACCAAAACGAGAAAAGUCUCGAUCGCCGUCUCCCAAAAAAGAGUCUCUAUCAUCAACUAAAACUGUAACAGUUACUAGACGAUCGUCCCUCAAACAGGAUACUUCAUACAAUGCUUCGUCACCUAGAAGAUCUAGCAUUCAACGUUCACCAUCUCCAGCAAAGGAUGCUUUGAAGUCCAGAUCACCCUCUCCUAAGAAACAGUCACCCGAGCGAAGAUCCCCAUCUCCUGAUAAAAGCAAGUCGCCAUCUCCUCAAAGAAGUCCUAAUAAGAGAACCCGUGAACAAUUGUCAUCUCCAAGUGUAUCUCCGUGCUCGAGUCCAGAGAGAUCUUCUGCGACAAAACAAGAUAAACCCAAACCAAUACGAAAAACAAGUGGUCCCAAGUCUCCAGAGAGGGAACCCACUCGAACAUCCAGAAGAUCCAGCAUCCCUAGAGCAGACCAAUCUGCUGUUAGAAAAGUUGUGGAAACGAAGAUCGAGAUACGUUCAAAGCCAACCACCAGAAUACCUGCAUCCACAAACAAAACUAAACCAGGACAAAAUCCAGUAUUUAGGAGUACUAGAACUGAUUCACAGAAUAGCCUAGAUAAACAGACGACUACACGAACGUAUUCGAGUACCACAACUGUGAGGAGGAUUGGAGAAAAGCCUAAAGAGCCCAUUAAGAAAACUGUUGCUCCCAAAAAAACUGUUACAACUACAGCAGUUAUUUCUUUACAGAAGCCAACAGUUACGUCACAAGUGAGACAUACCGCUUCAAGCACAGUGUCCAAAGCAACAACUUACAAACGCACACCAUCGAAAGAAAUUACACCAACGAAAACAAGUACACCAACUGGCAAGAAAACUAUGAUAACAACGACAACGAAACGAGUAGCAAGCCGAACGAAUACUCCAAAAUCCAAACCCGUGCCUAAUCAGGAAGAAACAGACAGGUCUUCUGCCUUAUCAAGUCCAGAGCCAAUCAUUUCAGAUAAGGUAAAAUCUGAAGCGUUUAUUCAACAAUUGAUAAAAGAUGAAAUCACUGUUCAUGGGUUUAAAGACGAAACAAUUAAUUUAGAGUUUACAGAUAAUGAUAUAGAAAACGAACCUCGCCCUGAACUCUUUCCUGAAACGGAGGAUGAUGAAGAUGUGGUAAAUCAAAAUCAUGAUAUUCCUGACGAAAACGAGCAUCAUAUAACUGAGAAAACAAUAAAUGUUGAUUCCAAGCGUAAAGUUGCCCAACAGUUUAUGGUAACGAUAAAGAAGCCAACCACUCAACUAACGCCAACAAAAACACCUUCAAAACCUGUCACAACCAGAUCAUCCUCGGGCCCAAUUAAGGGAUCUCCUCAAACUUCCUCCAAGACAGUCUCUCUGAAGACUACAACUAACAAAAGGCAAACUAACAGUACAGUUCAAAAAGCAGAAAGCUUAAAUUUGAUCAGAACAACAAAUGACAAGAAUGUAGUCCAAAAGAGACAAACAUCUAAAUCUGAAAUAUCUACCACUAAACCAUUGCAGCCAACAAAGGUAACUAACAACAAACAAGUGACAGAGACAGGAAUAGCCAGCAGAAACGUCACCACCGCUAAGUCAGCCACAAUUAAGCGUGUAGUUCCAGUGAAGAAGAAACCAAUCGACUCCGCGCCGUCUUCAACAUCUGAGGACGAGGAGGACAAUGUCCCAUCUGUUGUCACCCCUAAUCAACAGGAACAACAGUAUAUUGAGGAACUCGAAGAAAUGCGUCGCAAUGAAGAAUUAGAGUACGCCUCUAAACUAACUGCCACAACGAACCAAGAGAACCAACUUCUCUCUGUCAUUGUUCAACAUCCAAAAUCGUCUCGGGAAUCCAGUCCUGAUUAUUCAAAUCGGUCUCAGCCUUUUUGCACAGUGAGUGACGAUGGAGGAUCUGCACCUAGGUACGCAGAUCUUAUCAGUGAGCCAGAAGAUGUUGAAGUCUUUGAUCCAAAACACACCCCAAAAAUUGAAAACUAUUCACAGAAACAGCCUAAAUUCGAACAAGUAACUGAUCUUGAUGAAGAAUCAGAAGUGGAAGAGGUCAAGUUGAAUGUAAGUGUGGCCGACAGGGUGACUCAUUUUAUCGAAACUAGCAAAGCUCAUACGGUGACUCAAAUGCGAGAAGAACCUGAACCUCAAGCUCCAGCUGAUAGCCCCAAGAAUGUACUGAAAGCCAAAGCUAUGUUUGAAACAAUAGCUAGAAAUCAAACCUCGGUUCCAGCUCCCAACAACAAGCCAGUUGAUAUUUUAAGCAGACCUUCUAUUUUUGAAGCUAGAAGGGGCCAAACAGCUCCCAAACCUGUAUAUUCUGAUACAUUCCCAAGAGUAAAAUCUCCAGAGCAUGUUCAGAGACGGGGGUCAAUUCAUAUGGAUUACCAACAACAAGAACAAGUAGAGACAAUUCAGUAUGAAGAAAAUCUAGUAGAUGUGGAUGAGGUGAUACCACGCAGGACUAAGUCCCCCAGUCCUGUAAGAGAAGCUCCAGUAGCUAGUAAACCAGAGAAAAAAGAAUCAGCACCUGUUGAAAAAACUCCUUCAGCGAAGAGAGAACCUGUGGCUUCAGUAAAGGUCCCUGAACAAACCCCUAAAACAGAUCCAACAUCAAGAUCUGUUAGGAAGGAACCGACUCCGACCUUCGAUAGGAAAAGACCUGAAAGUGUGUCGAAGCCAAAACCAUUUGAAAAAACUAUUUCAGCCUCAGCAGAGGUUUCCUCCAAAAGAGCGUUUUUCGAGCGAAAGGUUCAAGCACAAACUUCACCCAGUAAAGAAACCAAGCCCUACAGCCCGAAUAAAGACAGAAAACCUUUAACAGAGAGCAUUCAAAAUAAAGAAAACAUAAGGGGACCAUCACCGCCCAGGAAAACCUCACAGACAACAUCUUUUAUUGAAAACGAAAGGAAAUCCUCAAGGGUUUCUCCAGAAAGGAAGGUUUCAUCACCAAGCCCUACAAAAGAUAGAAAGCCCUCUCUGAAAUCAGAAUCGCCAGAGAGAAAGACUUCGGUAUCUAAAACAGUAAAAGAACGCCGAACUUCGUUCACCAAGGAAGAUACUACAACUCAUCAUACCGCUACAAUUCAAAAGAAAGAUUCUUUCACAAAAACUACUGAGAGAAAGACAUCUCCUUCCAGAGAGUCUCCUGAGAGAAGAGCUCCAAUAACAGAGAAGUGUUUCCCUGACCACAUUUCAAAAUCUCCCUUCAAAGACACGCCUGAGCAGAAGGUUCCAACAUCUCCGGUGAGAGAUAGGAGACCUUCGACCCCUGCAUUGUCUCCCGAGCGCAGUCCUCAGCGGAAACCAUCCAGAACCUCCCCGGAUCGAUCGGCCAAAUCGCCGGAGAGAGUAUCCCCCAAGGAGGUAGAACCUGUGGAGUUGAACAAGGCAGGGAAGUUCGGAGUGACUCUUCGCCGCACAUCGUCCACGAACUCUGCAGGAACUCCACGGAGACCGAGUAUCCCCGGGGAGACGCAGGAAAUCGAGGAUGUCACAGAUUUAUCACUGCUAGAAAUAAUGAUGGAAAAAGCAGUGGGUUACGAGCAGCGGCGAAGGAUCAGAGCUCAGAUCCGUAUAGUCAAGAAAGAUCAAGAUGACAGAAUCAAGACAACCCGGCAGAAAUCCCCAACUCGCUCACCAACCCGAGAUCACAAGAUAACGCAGGAGCCUGCCACGAGAACCCCAGAUAAGAGACCGGAGACGAAGAGGGCCUCCAGCCCGAGUAAAAGCUUCCAGGAGCGGGUAACGGAGCAGCGGAGUACCACUCGGCGGACGACCACAACCACGACCUCCGCCAAGCCAACCACAACCACGGUGGAGCAUACCACAACCAGAGCAGUGAGGGAACGCUCUCCUGUAGACAAGCCUCUGACCAACGGCUACCACAGCCCUGACAGGAGUUCUCCAAUUCUCAGAACCACAUCCCCCCAGCGCAAGGAGUCUCUGCCUGACCGUCGAAGUCCAGUGUCGAUGUCCUCCCGUGCAGACACCCAGAUCCGCAAGUCCUCCAAGACCGAAGCCGUGGAGGUCACCUCCUCAGUGAGGUCCCAGAAGCGGACUGAGACGCUGGUGGAGUCCGGAGUAGACUGUAUCACCUCCAGCUAUGGUGUAGGACCCACAGACGAGAAGGGCAGACCACUCUUCGGCCUGAGAGCUCUAAGACGCACCAACACCAACAAGCAGCUGACCGAUGAGGUGGAGGUGAGAAGGGAACAGGAACAUCAAGAGGUGCAGGAGCCCGUGUGUGACGCGAAGGGAAGACCACUGUUUGGGGGACUGAAAGCUCUGAGAGCCCAGGAGCCAGUGGAAGCCACCAUGCCAGAACAGACUUCUACACAACUGAGAGAGCUGGUGGAGCGGCACGAGAAAGUUGUCAGAGAAACCAAUGGACCUCAAGACCAACCGAGGCAAAAGCCGAAGGCCAAGUUGAGGGACAGCUUUAUCCUCCAGGAGGAGGAGCAGAGCGGUCAGGGCCACCUGGCCGAGGUCAACAGCCUCAAUCGAGGCCUUAGUUUGAGGUCCAUCAUACAGAAGCAUGAGAACAUCGCUAACACUGCAGGAACUGUGCGCAGUGAGAUGGAGAGUUCGCACACUGUCGUCACCUCUCGUAGCACAGUGUCCAGUGACGGUACUGUGUCUCUCAACCGCGAUGUCAUCCAAGGUGAACUGUCAGCCAAGAAUGGAGAGGAGCCAGUGGGAAAAGUGACCCGGACACAGUACACUUACCAGAGCCCCCAAGGGGACGACCAGGGUAUCAACAAGGUUACCACCACCACCACUUCCCUCGGCCGCAGGGCGUCCGGACCCAAGAUCACCGAGAUAGAGGAUGUCCAUGAGACCUCUGAAAGGAAGAGCAGCAUCAAGUCCAAGGAUGUGGAAGAAGUCACCGGAAGAAGAUCUGUUGAGAGGGUCCCGAACAGAAAGAGCUCACCACAGAAGUCGUCGAGUGAAGACGAUGAACAGCGGAGGAACGAGAGGUUCUCCAGCCAAGAGGAGGAUGAGGAGGUUCAGAAGAUCAGCAGAGUAUCCUCCACAUCACAGAGAUACACCUCCUCGACCGAUUCGGCCAAGAGGACGUCUUCGACGCCAACAAGACAGACAAAGACCUCCUCACCGAGCCUGAGGAGGCAGAGGUCCAGCGAGGACGACUCGGCGGAAGACAAACGGAAGACGGUUGUGCGAGGAGACUCCGUACGCGCACUCCAGCAUAAGUUUCAACAAGCAACAGAGAACGCAGCUAACAGUGCGCCGCUGCGCAGCCAGGCCCCUCGCGCAGGCCUCAUUCUGCGUACAUCCUCCUUCACCACCGCAGACCAACAGGAGUCAGUCUCGUCGACGUUGAAGCAGUCGACGGCGCUGUCAGCUGACAAGAGGAGUGGGCGACAAUCACCAGAGAAGCGGAAAGAGUCACUCAGUGAUGCCACCACAGUGUCACGACAUUCCCCCACCUCUGAUACCAAGCGGGAUUCUAUCACGGAGACUACCAGGCGGGAGUCAUUGAAGACCUCUGGAGACUCGACAGUGACUCGAGUCACAGAGACCACAACAACUUCCUUCCUGGACAACACAAGUCGGGUGACUGGAGUCCAGGACGUACUGACCAGGAUGAGGAACGCAGACCUAGUGAGUGAGAGUGGAGACACGGAUGCUGACCGGGAAGCUAGAGCUCUACUCAACAAGUUCUUGGGAGCAUCAGUGAUCCUGCAGGGUAUGGAGCAGGGCAUGCGCGCCGGAACAGUGCCAGAAGGUACGCCAGGCAGUGCCGCCCUCGUCAGCAGCGUAGAGAAGCAGCGUGUGGCAACUACAAGACAGAAAGAAGAGGACAUCGAGAGUAUCUGGGACGAGCUGGUGCUCAAGGCUCUGCUGGAGCAGUGUACGGACUACGAGGGUCGACGGAGACUACGAGCUCGCCUUCGCACAGUUAUGGCUGAACACAAAGCGUGUGCCGAUCUGGUGGCAGUGACAGGAGGAAGCAGUGCUGCCAACGCCUCCGAAUCAGAGACAACUCAAGUCUCCACCAAGACCCAGGGUGGCUCAGUCACCAGAACUGAAGUUCAUACCAGAACAUCCACCAAUCGACUGACUAAAGCUAGCAGCGUCUCUUCUUCUCCGUUUGCAAAGUUCAAACAACUUGAACGCCAGAAUUCGGCACCCAGCGCGGGCGCUGCGCCUCUGUUUAAAUUCACCGACGCCCGAGUUGCCCGCAGCGCCUCUACCAUCAAGGAUCGGCUGCUGUCCUGGGUCCAGGCACAAACAAGGGAGUACAAGAACAUACAAAUAGAGAACUUCUCCACCAGUUGGAACAACGGGCUUGCGUUCUGCGCUCUCAUCCAUCAUUUCUGUCCUGACGCCUUCGACUACGAUCAGCUCAAACCCGAUCAGCGCAGACACAACUUCGAGUUGGCGUUCCGAGUUGCAGAGGAGGAAGCAGGCAUCGCACCACUUCUCGACGUAGAGGACAUGGUGGUCAUGCGUCGACCGGACUGGAAGUGUGUCUUCACCUACGUCCAGUCCGUCUAUCGCCGAUUCCACUCCACUCCCGAGGCCGUCAGAUGCUAACAAGCUCCUCGCAGCUCCUCGCCUCUCUUGUCUACUUUUUACCUACGCUUUUGUGUCUCCUAAAUUAUUUAUUUAUUUCUGUCGAGCAGCCUUGUUCUUCCUCAGAUAUUCCUGUGAUACAAGUUACCAUUGCGGAAAUGACCCCGGUGUAGAUAUGUAUAGCGUCGUGAGUUAGAAAUUCACUGAAGGAAAAUCUUUAUAAAAAAUUUAAAAUUAAAAAGUAGACAAGACGUUUCCACUCCCCUAGAGUACUUUAUUUUUUCACAGAAUGAAAGACAGAUGCCAGUAUUUUUUUACAAUAUUUUCAUAUUUUUGUACCGAUUUUUCACAUCACUUAGAAUUCUAGUCGUUAGUCGAGUCAGUUCAUUCCGAGUUCCUAACUUGUCUCCUGCUCUAAUUUAUUUCGGAAAACGCCCGUUAAACUGUAAAUUGAACCAGUCGAGUCAGCUAUGAUGGAUGAUACCAACCUUAUCAAUAUCUUAUCAACACUAACCUAACACGAACUGCGAGCCCGUUGUUCUCUAUUAACACUUCAGUCGCUUGUAAUAAUUUGUAACCUUAGUGUAUAGUUAGGCUAUACUAUGUUUUUAUUUUUCUAACUUGUAAUUUAUUCAUUUUUCUAUCGAUAGUUUUACCUUUUUUGAUACAUGCGCAGUUGUGGGUUGCUAUUUCAUGCUUACAUACUUUGUUGAUGUCUAUGGACAUUUUUUAAAUAUUAAAGUUUAUGUGAAGUUGA